AAGUUGCUAAAUCUCAUUUUGUUUUUCCCAGACAUUUCAGGGUGACUCCAUUGAGUUUGUGGUCAUUUCAGGCCGGGCAUUUUUUUUUGUUUUAGUUCCCUGCACAGUGAGCACUAUGAGAUCCGGAAGGAGCAGUCUCUAAGCUGGUGCUGACACUGAACAGUGUGGAGCUGCCAGUGUGAGGAUCAGCGCAGAUGUGGUGGUUUCAGAUCGGGACUUGCUGCCUGCCCGUCGCCCUGGUCAUCUGGUCCUGUGCUGCCUUUGUCAUCUCGUUCCUGAUCGCGGUCCUGAGCCGGCAUGUACCUGCCCUGGUGCCCUUCAUCAGUGAUACAGGGACCCAACCUCCAGAAAGAUGCAUCUUUGGGUUAAUGAUCAAUUUCUCUGCUUUUUUGGGUUUGGUGGUUAUGUACAUUCGAUACAAGCUGUUAAAGACCUUGAACGAGAGGACUCAAAUCAUCAAUCUCAGGCUAAACGCUGCUGCACUAAUAUGUGGUGCCCUUGGCUGCCUUGGAAUGUGCAUUGUUGCAAAUUUUCAGGAAACGGCGUUGAGAAUCGUUCAUGACAUUGGGGCGCUGCUGGCGUUUGUCAUGGGAACCGUGUACCUUAUUCUGCAGAGUUACAUUUCCUUCAAAAUGAUGCCUUGCCAUCACACCAGAUUGGUUUGUUGUUUUAGGAUAAUGCUGUCCACAGUUUCUGCUGUAGCCACCGUCCCGAUGAUUGUCUGUUACUUCCUCAGCAACAAUUCAACUCUGGAUUUGACACCAGAAGACAAGGGCUAUGUUUAUCAUGUGGCCAGUGCAGUGUGUGAGUGGCUGGUUGCAUUCAGCUUUAAUUUCUUCUUCCUAACUUACAUCAAGGAGUUUCAGACAUUCACUGUAAGGGUAAAGGUCGUGUUACUUCAAGACUCACAGGAUGAAUGAUAAAAUAUUUCCCAAAAGAGCACUGCUCUCUCAUAUUCAGGAAACAUUUACUGGUCUCGGGAAAGUGAAGGCAUCCAUCAAUAUCCUUCGUUUCCUUUUUAAUAGUUUCUAUUUUAUUCCAUUAUAAGCCACUCAUAUGUAAUACUUCUUACAACAGUAACUUGCAUUUAUAUAGCGCCUUUUAAAGUAGUGAAACAUUGAGAGGUCCUUCACAGGAAUGUUAUCAGGAAGUAAGUGAAAGCAGGAGACCUUAGGGGAGCUGACCCCCGGUACACUUAAUGCAGAGGUUUAUGAAUGGAAUUCCAGAGUUUGCAUCUUAAGGUAUCUGAGAGAUGAAGGAUAUUCCAGCAUCACUCAACCCAGUGCAAAUAUAACUCCGACUGUGACCUUCCUCAAGAUGUUUUACUAUUUUAAACUUGCUUUGCAUAUCAUUAUUCCUUCAAAAAUAACCUAGCUAGCUUCUGAAUCAUGAUCAAUCAAUCUGCAUCAAUCCAUUGGUAGAACAACAACCUGAAUCCAAAAGACCUAGCCUUAAGAUUGUUUAAAUACCACAAACAGAAACCGAUUGGAUCUUAAGUUCACUGAGCAUUCGAGCAGCUAAUGUAAGAUGGUUGUUCUGCAGUUGUGGUCACCUUCUUGACCUUUGCCCUUUUCCUGUCACAUUGUGACGUUAAAGUACUGACUGGAAAGGUUCAGCACUCAAACUGCAAAGAGCAAGAUUCACACUUGUACCUCUAAUGUGAAAGCACAGCUGCUGUCCUCAGAGUACUUGAAGCAUGACAUUUGAGAGUCUGUUUACAACAACUUUUCUUGUGCCUUUAACAUUGUUAAAUAUUCCCAAGGUACUUGAUCUAACACACACUACAAAAGGAUUUAAGUUCAGAAGGGGGACUGCCUUACUGAGUUAUAUGGUGACCUUGGUGAAAUCACAUUAUGAUGUGUGGUUUUAGUGUCACUACCUAAGAGUGUCAGAAAUCACAUGACACCAGGUUAUAGUCCCACAGGUUUAUUUGAAAUCACAAGCUUUUGAAGCAGGGCUCCAAAAGCUUGUGAUUUCAAAUAAACUUGUUGGACUAUAACUUGGUGUCGCGUGACUUUUGACUUUGUCCGUCCAAGUCAUGGCUACCGAAGAGAGAAUAUAUUUGCCAUUGAGGAAGUGCAGUGGAGGUGCACUAGGCUAAUGUUGGGGAUAGCAAGACUGCCUUAUGAGGAGAUUGGUUCAACAGGGCCUGUAUACAUUUUUGGAUUUUAAAGUCAUCAGGAAUAUUGGAGGAAAGUGGGAAUAUGGCAUUGAGAUAGGAGAAUCAUCCAUGAUCAUAUUGAAGGGAGGAGCAGGUUGAAAGACCCUACUCUUGCCUCUAGCAUGGUGACUCAGUGGUUAGCAUUGCUGCCUCACACAGCUAAGGAGCCAGGUUCAAUUCCAGCCUUGGGUGACUGUCUGUGUGGAGUUUUAACAUUCUCCCUGUGUUUGUGUGGGUUUCUGCCUGGUGCUCCGAUUUCCUCCCACAGACCAACAAUGUGCAGAUUAGGGCGGAUUGGCCAUGCUAAAUUGCCUAUAAUGUUCAGUGAUGUGUAGGCUUGGUGCAUUAGUCAGGGGUAAAUGUAGGGGAAUGGGUCUGGUGGGUUACCCUUCAGAGGGUCAGUGUGAACUUGUUGGGCCGAAGGGCCUGUUUUCACACUUUUGGGAUUCUAUGACGAUUUUAUGUUUUUCACACAUUUGAGAAAACAUUAGGGGGAGAUCUUCAGAUAGUUAAAGGUGUAAUUUUUAAGGAACACCCUGGAGGAGGAGAAGGACAUGGGGAGGCUUAAGGAAGGAAUGCCAGAGCUCAAGUUCCAAACAUUGACCACCUGAUUAAAAUUAAGCCUGUGCAGAAGGCCCGGACUGAAGGAGCACAGAGAUUUUAGAGGCUGGGGAAAUCUCAUCGAAAGGAAAAGGCAAGACCAUGGAGGAAUGAGAAGUUUAUUUUGUUUAUUCUCUCACGGGAUGUUGGUGUUACUGGCUGGGCCAGCAUUUAUUGUCCAUCCCUAAUCGCCCAGAGAGCAGUUGUGUCUCAACUACAUUGCUGUGGGUCUGGAGUCACAUGUAGGCCAAACCAGGUCAGGAUGGCAGUUUCCUUCCCUGAAGGGCAUUUAUGGGCCAGGUGGGUUUUUCCCAACAAUUGGUAAUGGUUUCAUGGUCACCAUUGGACUCUUAAUUCCAAAUUUACUUGAAUUCAAAUUCCACUAUCUGCUAAAGCAAGAUUCAAACCCAGGUCCAGUUAUCAUUAGCCAGAGGGGUUAUGGGGGCGAUUGGAAUAUAGUGCGAGUUUGAAUACAGGUAGCAAGGUUAGGAUGAGCUGAGGUUUAAUGAGGGUGGAAAGGGGGGAGGUUGGCCAGUGGAGCAUUGAGAUGGUCAAGUUAAACAGAAUGUGGGUUUCAGCAGCGGUCAGACUCACUUCAUUCACAACAGCAAGAACCGCUGAGCUGGAGCGCUCACCCUGUCGGACAAAGGCAUGCUUACACCAUGAAAAAUGGCAAAGAGAGCUACCUCUCACCCUCAAACUCAUCUUCUUGUAGAUAAAUCACAAUUAAUUGGAUUAGUUUUGAUGCUGGAUCAUUCUGAUAAAUUCAAAUCAAAAUAUAUUGUGGGUCGGGUGGUCAUGAAUGUCUGUUUUGGCCAAACAUUCCUCCUGAUAAUUUAUGUAUUUUGCGUGCAAAUUAUACACUUUUAAAUUGAUGAAGGCAUUAAGAUACUGUUCAUCAAGUAAUUAAACUUUUAAAGUUUAAUGGAGAGAUAUUAAACAGAGGUCUAUUUUUUGUUCUGAACAAAAUGUUUACUACAGUUUUUGAUACAAUAUAUUUUAAUAAUAAAGAAUAUUUUAACAAA